AUGAACGGAGAGCACUGCCAUUUGGUUGGAGUGCGUGAAUUCUCAGACCAUCCACCCAAGCCGUGUGACGGAUGGGCGGAGGAUCAGGAGGAUGUGGCGGAUGUGUGUGACAGCGAGGAGGUUCUGGAGAUGGAAGAGAUGUACGAAGUGGCGGAAAAAGGACAGAAAACCAUGUUGGAAGUCGACAUGAAAGAGAUGAAGAUCCAUGCGGCAUCCGCGCCAUUGGAGGCGUGCGUGGGCUUGCCGCUUCAGGAGAUCUUUGCAAGUCCCACCAUUCAGCUCUUUUGCGGACUUCAUACUCAGGCCGUGUUGCAAUCCCGAGGCCAAGAUUUGCCAGGGAAGAUCUACUAUUUCAAGGAAAUGCCCAUGUCUUGGACUCGUGAACCGGUGGACAUCUCAGGCAGUAUGCAACUGAUGCGUUCGAUCAAUGGAUCGGUGACCAUCAUGGUCAGCUUCAGCAUGCCAAGGACAUCGCGUAUGGAUUCUCCUGUUUGGGAUCAUGUCAGUACGGCCUUAUCAUGCUCUGAUCCAGGUUCCGUCAAAAGAAAAACAUCUGCCACGAGCUUAUGA